AUGGUUUUCGGCUGGGGCGAAUCCGACGAUGCUCACCGUCAGGUGUACGGUGGAGAGCAGCACGAGAGCCACUUCUCGCAUGAGCUCAUUGCCGGCGCUGCCUCGUUCGAGGGCAUGAAGCUCUGGGAGGACCACCAGCGCAAAGAGGGCAAGCCCGUCAGCCACUCUUUCGCCAAGGAGGCCAUCGCCGGCCUGGUCGGCGCGGAGGUGGACAAGCUGGCCGAGACCAAGGGCAUGGAUGAGGUUGACCGCCUCAAGGCCCGCGAGCACGCCAAGCGCAACGCAGAGCACAUGUACGAUGAGCACUACGUCCGGGGCCAAGGUGCGGACCAGUACGACCCUCAGCGCUACGGCCGCCACGAGCGCCAGGAGCGCCGCGGCUGUUUCUCCAGUGCUCUCUUACGCAAUAAUUGUCCGGAAGUCCGGGAAAAGUCCGACAGGGCUGCAUUCGCCAACCCGUCGUCGCCGAUGAGAAGCGCCGGGCACAUUCCUGCAUUCCAGUCCAGAUGCAGACCUCGUCACCUUCGGGGACUUGUUGGCUCGAAUAGCGGGGGUGCAAAUACGCCGGCCAUUGCAAUUGAGACGGAGGCGUGGCAAACGCCAGCACGCCAUGAGCUCAUCGCAGCACGUGCGCGUCCGGAAGCUUUGAUUGCUUCGAUCCGUACCUCUGCAAGUACCGGAGAGCUAGAACACGAACUCGUCCCCGAAUGGCGGGCUAAGUAUCUGGACUACAAGACCGGCAAGAAGAAAGUCAAGGCCCUCACACGCGCCCUGCAAAAGGCCCAGCGCAGUCCUUACACUCCGUCUCUCCGAGCACCCACCCCUGCCGCCCAGGGAGCCCCCCGUCCCGACAACCUCGCGCCGUCCAACUCGAAUAAGCCUCUGGACCGACCCCGAUCGAAUACCAACUCUCGUUCCACGCCGAACCCACGAGCCGAAAGACAGCCGUUGCGGACACGAAAGUCGCGUCCCUCACCACACGUGGGGAACCGGAGCUAUGGGAGUAUCAUCGCAACGCCGCCUCUCCACGGACAAGGGUCGGAUGCCGAAUCCUUUGAGCUCCCAGACCCGGCUCUGGAUCCGGAAGAGGAGUAUGGACCCCCGGAAGGCGACGCCGGUCUCUCCAAUAAGGUGAAAACACCAUCACCGAUCUUGCCCAGACGCGCUACAUUUGGAGAUCUGCCUGCGCGCGAUGAAUCUGCCGCGCGAAGGCCGUCUUUGACUCAGCAGCACCUUCUCCGCCGUGUCUUUUCCAACGCAGAGGGGGCAUCUCCGGGCAAGCGAACACAAUAUAAUUACCACCCCGACGUGGAGAAGCGAGAAGAUGAAUUCUUUGCCUUUCUGGAUAGCGAGCUAUCCAAGGUCGAUUCUUUCUAUGAGAUGAAGGAGGAGGAAGCCCUACAGCGCCUACAGGUUCUUCGCCAGCAGUUGCAUAUUAUGCGGGAUCAGCGGAUUCAAGAAUUCAUGGCCGCCAAACGAGCCGCAAAGGAUGAUGAGGCUGAGAUGCAGGCAAGAUCCAAUGGGUUUGGAAAAUUCAAUGAUCGUCUCAAAGAUACUCUGACAGGGAAACCCCGGUUCGGCAAGAACUCUGAGGCUUUGGCGGAGAUGGCAACUCCAGGGUUGCAUGGGCGAAAUCAUGAUUUCAUUGUCAACCGCAGGGACUUUAUGCGGCGACAUGACCCGCAUAGCCACGAGGUGUCCUACCGCACAGCCAAAAAGAAGCUGAAGCAUGCCCUCCAAGAAUUCUACCGUGGGGUGGAACUCUUGAAGGGAUAUGCUUACUUGAACCGAACCGCCUUUCGGAAAAUCAACAAGAAGUACGACAAAGCAGUUAAUGCCCGGCCUCCUCUCCGAUACAUGUCAGAGAAGAUCAAUAAGGCGUCAUUCGUGCAGAGUGAGACGCUUGAGAGUCUGAUGGUCACUGCCGAAGACUUGUAUGCCCGCUAUUUCGAGCGAGGCAAUCGCAAAAUCGCGGUAUCGAAGCUUCGACAUACAAUCAUGAAAUCUGGGGACUACUCUCCUAGCACGUUCCGCGCGGGACUGAUGUUGAUGGCCGGGGCAUUGUUCGCUAUCCAAGGACUGGUAUAUGCUGCUCAGCACCUAAGUUCUGGAGAUAGUGAGAUCCAUACCCGCACGAGCUAUUUACUUCAGAUUUACGGCGGGUAUUUCCUGGUCACGUUUCACGUCUUGCUCUUCUGCGUGGAUUGCAUGAUUUGGACGAAGUCGAAGAUCAACUAUGCGUUUGUUUUUGAAUAUGAUACUAGACACACACUGGAGUCGCGUCAGUUGCUAGAGAUUCCUUCCUUCUUCUUUUGCUUGAUGGGCCUUUGCAUGUGGCUCAAUUUUUCGUGGACUAAUGCCAUGUACAUUUACUGGCCUGUCGUGCUUAUUGGCAUCACGGUCAUCUUCAUCUUCUUGCCAGCUCGUAUCCUUUACCAUCGGAGUCGAAAGUGGUGGGCUUUCUCGAAUUGGCGCCUUUUGCUUGCCGGGAUUUACCCAGUUGAAUUCCGUGAUUUCUUCCUUGGGGACAUGUACUGCUCUCAGACCUAUGCGAUGGGGAACAUUGCGCUUUUCUUUUGCCUUUAUUCAGUACACUGGAAUAACGCAGCUCAAUGCAACUCCUCGCACUCUCGACUGCUGGGAUUCUUCACCUGCCUCCCCUCAGUAUGGCGUGCUUUCCAGUGUAUCCGUCGAUACGUGGACACCAAAAAUGCGUUUCCCCAUCUUCUCAAUCUGGGCAAGUACAUAUUUGGUGUCCUCUACUACGCCACCUUGAGUAUGUAUCGCAUCGACCGUGACAAGCGAUACCAGGCUUCGUUCAUCACUUUCGCUCUCCUCAACGCCGUUUAUACCUCCGUGUGGGAUCUGAUCAUGGACUGGAGUUUGGGCAACCCGUACUCCAAGCACCCGCUUCUCCGUGAGGUUCUCGCAUUUCGCAAAGCGUGGAUCUACUACGCAGCCAUGGUGGUCGAUGUGGUCGUCCGCUUCAACUGGAUCUUCUACGCCAUUUUCACCCAUGAAAUCCAGCACUCGGCCGUGCUCAGCUUUGUGGUCUCAUUCACCGAAGUCUGCCGCCGCGGUAUCUGGUCCAUCUUUCGCGUCGAGAACGAGCAUUGCACGAAUGUGCUUCUUUUCCGCGCCUCGCGAGAUGUGCCCCUUCCAUACGAGGCCUCUGCACCUGUCAGAGUCACCCCAGCCGUCGACGGCGGCGAGUCUCCUGAGGAUAUGCAGCUCCAGGAACAGCCCGUCGACGCCACGCCAUUCUUGCCCCCCGAGGACAUUGAGCACGGCACGCCCUCUGGGACGAGUCCUCGAGCACGUCACCGUCGUCCCUCGGCGGGUGUUGUCCGUGUCGGUACGGCCCUUGCCUCUGCCCACGCUCAGGAUUUCCAGCGACGCCGUCUUCCAACUUACUUCUCGAGUACUACCGUGGCGCAUCGCGGCUUGGAUCGCAGCACGGAUGAUACUAGUGACGAAGACGAGGCACUAGAUGACAUGACUGAUGAGGACUUGGGGCUUACUGCGGACGGUACCCAUCACGAUCAACAUGCUGAGUAG